UAGAUUAUGUAACGUAUAUAUCAGAGGGGUAAUUACCAGUCACUAUUUUUAUUGUUUUGGAAAUUGGUAUCUAUUUCCUUGUUUUAAUUUUUGACAUUGAUUUUCAUUUGAGGAUUGUAAAAUUUUUUAGCAGGAAAUCAUUUUGUUCCUAUAUGAUAUGGGAAAAAUUGAGUUAAAGUUCAUUAGAAGGCUGUUCCAUAUGGACAGAAAAAUGGAUGAAAAGGAUAAACCAGAUAAACAACCAAAAAGAAAAGAGAGAAAAAACGAUGAAAAAACUGCUAAUAGAGAAGAAAAUCAAACUGCAAAAAACUUGUGUACAAAUCAGAAGCUUAAUGUCAAUCCAAGAAAUCCUCUAAAUUCAGUGUCACAACCCCAAUUAAAUCAAAAACAAGCUAAUUCAACAGCCACAUAUUCAGAGCCAGUGGCUGAAGCUAUGGACGAUUCAGGAGUACCAGACUCACCAUUAAAUUCCUUGCAAGAGUUGCCUACUCAAAACCCUGUCAAAAUGGAGAGGGUUCCUUCAACUUCUGAUUUACCCGUGUUUUCUAGUCAAUUUGUCACCCAGAUCUCGUCACAAAGUGACCCAGGUCCAGAUAAAGCCCAUUUGCUGGCAACUGCAAGUGCAGCUUUUGGGCAUGGUGGAAACGCUCCAUACAACUGGCAGGCUACUAAAAUCUGUGUCAAAGACAGACUUUCUUAUCUUUGUAACACUGAAAUAAUGGCUGAUGUUCAUUUUAUGGUUGGAGCUCCACCUCAUCAACAAAAAAUACCUGCUCAUAAAUUUGUCCUGUCUGUGGGUAGUGCUGUGUUUGAUGCACAGUUCAAUGGUCCAAUGGCAACCCAAGAGGAUAUUGUAGAAAUCCCUGAUGUUGAGCCGGCAGCUUUCAUUUCUCUUCUGAGAUUUUUGUAUUCAGAUGAAGUUAAAAUUUGUUCUGAUUCUGUUAUGACUACAUUGUAUGCUGCUAAGAAAUAUGCAGUCCCAGCUUUAGAGAAACAAUGUGUGGAGUUCUUAAAGAGAAAUUUGAGCAGUGACAAUGCAUUCAUGCUUUUGACGCAGGCACGUUUGUUUGACGAGCCCCAGCUGGCAGCUUUGUGCUUAGAAACUAUUGAUAAAAAUACACACGAGGCUUUACAGGCUGAUGGUUUCACAGACAUUGAUUUAGAAACACUUUGUUGUGUUCUAGAACGGGACACAUUAGGAAUCAGAGAAUUCAAACUUUUCGCAUCAGUUUGUCGUUGGGCAGAGGCAGAAUGCACUCGUAAAAACUUGCCACCAAGUCCAGAGAAUCAACGUGGAGUGUUGGGGCGUGCAUUAAGACUGAUUCGAUUCCCUUUAAUGAGUGUGGAAGAAUUUGCUCAAGGAGCUGCUCAGAGUGGAUUGUUAGAAGAUAAAGAGGUGGUCAAACUAUUCUUAUACUUCACCGUAAAUCCUAAACCGCAGAUAGCUUUCCUUGAUGUACCAAGGUGCUGUCUGACUGGCAAAGAACAAGUUGUGUCCAGAUUUUGUCAGAUAGAGAGUAGAUGGGGUUAUAGUGGAACCAGUGAUAGAAUCAGGUUCAUGGUUAAUAGAAGAAUAUUUGUAGUUGGUUUUGGUCUUUAUGGUAGUAUUCAUGGACCUAAGGAAUAUUAUGUUACGAUCCAGAUUAUACAGUCAGACACUGGUAAAGUAAUGGGACACAAUGACACCAGUUUUCAAUGUGAUGGCUCUAACUCCACUUUCCGUGUGAUGUUUAAAGAACCAGUUGAAAUUCUGCCCAACACUAGUUACACAGCAUGUUCAACUUUGAAGGGUCCAGACUCAUAUUAUGGAGCAAAAGGUCUCAGAAAGGUGACACAUGAAUCUGUUUCGAGUGGAAAGGUUACUUUCCAGUUUACUUAUGCUGCAGGCAACAACAAUGGAACAUCAGUAGAAGAUGGACAGAUCCCGGAAAUCAUUUUCUACACAUAAAAUUAUUGAGAUGAAAAUCUGUUGUAAAAAAAUUCAGAAGUCGAGAAUUUUCUGAAAAAAGUAUCAAGAACUUUUUACAUGAAAUUACAACUUCAGUGCAUAACAUGAUUCAAGAGUUUCAAAUAAUAUCCUCGAAGAUAAAUUUGAAGUUGAAUAGAACUAUAACAUCAACUUAUAAAUUUUUUUAGUUGAACUUCAGUGACAGUUGUCAUAUCUGUUGAGUUUAGUUAUUGCGUCAUUUAAAAUUCUCAUGAGCAGUGCUAAUACAUCGUACAACCAUUUUAUUUGAUCUCAGUAAUAACAUCCAUACAUAAACGUGAUGGAAAUAAAAAUAGAAUUCAUUUACAAUUAUGUAUUAACAUUAAUUGACAUUAUGUAAGACCUUGCCAAGUUGACAUUUAUAUUGAAAAGUGGCAUGAAAACAUAAAACCAUAGUCAUGGUAGUGGAAAUAUUAGUUUACAAGGAAAACAGAAAAAGAUGUUGAAUGACGUUUUACAGUGCAUAAUUGUCAGGUCAUUUAGUAGAUUUUGUUCCAAACAUUAUUAGUGGAAAUAUUAGAUCGUAUAAAACAUUGAAACCAAGUGACAGGUACAAAUGUAAUUAAAAUGAAGAUAAUGGUCCAGAGGAUGAAGUCAAGUGCUAUUUCUUUUUCUGUUGUAGCAAAUCAAUAUUAUAUAAGUCAUAAUAUAAAUUUUGAAAAGGCCAGUAGAAAAGGAAUCAAGCCAUGAAUUGGAGGUUUGAGGAGGAGAAUAUGUGUUAUAUGUUGCAGUUUUUGUGAUAUGAUUUGUGAUAUUAAUAGUCAUUUCUUUAGGGCUGUCCCAUAAAAACAUACAUGGUACCCAGGGAAGGCACUUUAAUAAUGGGGUAACCACCUGUAGAGGCAAAUUGAGAAUUUCAAUUACAUUUCCUUCCAUAGUCAUGAUAGUAGAGAUUUCAAAGUGCCUUCCCUGGGUCCCAUGUAUGUUUUUAUGGAACAGCCCUUAUGCUACACGUGUCUAGGGCUAUUCCAUUUAAACAUAACUCCUUCCAAAACAAGCCAGACAAUUUUUUCAUGAUAAUUAUUUUUCGUGAUAUCAUGUUUGAAGGUUAAUUUUAAAAGCAGUCAUACAUUAAAGUGAUCAUAAUUUGCUUCCUAAGUAAUAUUGUGUGUUAUGUUUAAAUAGAAUACCGUAUUUUUUUUUAAUUAUAGUAAGGUAGGCAGAUUAUUCUAUUCAUGUAAAGGACUUUUAAGGACAGCUUAGAAUGGCUAUCUUUAAUGCUUUGGAAAUUAUUAUAUGAAUUAACUAGAUGUAUAUUGAUAAUUGAUCUAUUUAUUGUAUAUUUUUUGGAAUGAUAUUAAAGAAUAGAACUAUC